ACUCCACCUCAUGGUCCUGAAGGCAUAACAGAAAAAAUAGCUUUGUGAGGUGACACUUGCCAUUUCCUCCGAAACAGCAUCCGGUGAUUAUGUCUUCACAAUCACACUUUUUUACACACCUCAACUAACCCUUUUUUCAUUCAAUUUUGCUAUCAUAGUCGAACACCUAAACUAAAAAUCACUCAAUUUUGUACAUCUUGUUAGCAGUAAAGAAUACUACUCUGAAAAAGGGAUGAUCUUGAAAACUUAUAUUUUCAUCAUUUUCACUACUCUUUUCCUUCACUGGGAAACCUCGGAAACUAAAUCUCAGGGCGAUAUUGGACGAGCCAGCUUGCCACCUAGGGGUUGGAACUCCUAUGACUCAUUUUGUUGGACAAUCACCGAGGAAGAGUUUCUUCAGAAUGCAGAACUCGUAGCACAACGAUUAAAACCUCAUGGUUAUGAGUAUGUUGUGGUGGACUUUCUUUGGUAUAGGAAGAAAACAAUAGGUGCUUAUACUGAUUCUUAUGGUUUCGAUGUCUUUGAUGAGUGGGGAAGGAUGGUUCCUGACCCUGGAAGAUGGCCUUCCUCUCAAGGUGGAAAAGGGUUUUCUGAAGUUGCCGGGAAGGUUCAUAGCAUGGGACUGAAAUUUGGGAUUCAUGUAAUGAGAGGUUUAAGUCUACAAGCAUUCAAUGCUAACACCCUCAUACUGGAUACCACUACGGGCAAAGCUUAUGAGGAGGCAGGUCGACAAUGGCGUGCACAAGAUAUUGGAAUUAAGGAGAGGACUUGUGCAUGGAUGAAAAAUGGUUUCAUGAGUGUGAAUACCAAGUUGGGAGCUGGAAGAGCAUUCCUUAGGUCGCUCUAUCAACAAUAUGCUGACUGGGGUGUUGAUUUUGUGAAACUUGACUGUGUAUUCGGUGAUGACUUGGAUUUAGAUGAGAUAAUCGUUGUUUCAGAGGUAUUGAAUGAGCUUAGCCGACCUAUCAUAUAUUCCUUGUCCCCUGGAACUAAUGCAAAACCAAUCAUAGCGAAGGAAGUUAGUGGGUUGGUCAAUAUGUAUAGAGUAACUGGGGAUGACUGGGAUACUUGGGAAGAUGUCUCUGCUCACUUCAACGUUGCGAGGGACUUCACUGCUGCUAACUUAGUAGGAGUCAAGGGCCUGAAGGGGAAAUCGUGGCCUGACUUGGAUAUGCUACCACUUGGAUGGCUAACAGAAGCAGAAUUAUGUUUUCCUCUUGGGAAAAACAAGGAGGAAAAUCCGGCACGAAAUAUUAUACUCCGUUUUGGUGCAGGUUCAAAUGAUGGUCCACACAGAUAUUGCAGGCUUAAUCUGGAUGAACAACGUACUCAGGUGACUCUAUGGUCCAUGGUCAUCCCUCUCAUCUUUGGUGGAGAUAUGAGAAAGCUUGAUGAUGCUACAUUCAGUCUUCUUACGAAUCCUACUCUGUUAGAGAUUAACUGGUUUAGCUCUAACAACAUGGAGUUUCAUUACGUGACAGGCUCCUUAAGUUCAACUGGAAAACAUAGCUUGAGUAACCAUACUGAGGAUAAAGAAAAAAUAAAUGUGUUGGAGACGAGAGUUUUGGCUUUAAGGAGCUGCAAAGAUGUAAAGGCAAAUGGCUGGUCUACUAAAGUUCUUGACAAUAAUGUAGAGAAAGUGUGCUGGGAAGAGAACUCAAAUAAACGCAAGGCACCGUUUUGUCUAAACAAGAGAGAAGCACUUUCAGCAUCAGAAGGGGAGAUGGUAUAUCAGCACCAAAAUCUCGGGAGACUUCACUUAUUGGUAACAGAGAGAACAGAACUUUGUGUUGGUGCAUCUUCAAAUAGAAAGCUUACAGCUAACGAGAUCAGCAGAGGUUCAUUUUCACGGUGCAGAUCACAUGCCAACCAGAUGUGGGAGAACUACAAUGGAACCCUCAUGAAUAGUUAUUCCGGUCUUUGUGCUAUCAUGGAUUUUGUCAGAGCUUCUUCUGGUGGAAUUAGGUCCUGGCUUGCAACUGGAAGGAGAGGAGAGAUCUAUUUGGCUUUCUUCAAUUUGAACAACCAGGUGACAAAAAUGUCAGCAAAGAUAUCAGACAUAACCAACGCGAUUCAUGCUACAAGUUCAAAGUGCUCAGGCACAGAAGUGUGGAGUGGCACAAAUCUUGGAGCCAUAAAGGAUUCAAUAUCUAUGUCAGUAAACGCUCACGGAUGUGCAUUGUUUGUCUUGAACUGCACAUAAUGUUGAAUCCAACAAAGGAAGUUAUACAUCAGGUCCACACUUUUGUACAACUUCUGUUGAAUCCCUUUACUGAAAUGAAAUACCACUAUCCUUGUGUCUUAUCAUUCUUGUUAA